CUGUGAUUGGUUCCAUUGCUGGGAAGCACCGGGCGUGGUCCACGUCAAUCACAGCGAUGCCGCUGCUUUUCUGAAGGCCUUUCCUGUCAAAUCUGGGGCAGCAGGUUAGGAGGCGGCUGAGGCGCGCAGCAGAGCCUGACAAGAAUACAGAAUGCCAACAGAAGGAGAACCUACCACCCUGGUUAAAUCGGCCCAUCUGAUUAUAUUGUCUACCUCCUGGGGCAUGCAGAUAUGGGUGUCAUUCAUAUCGGGUUUUGUUCUGAUUAACAGUAUUAACAGACAUACAUUCGGCUUAGUUCAAAGCAGCCUGUUUCCUUACUAUUUUUACUCUGUCCUGGGAGGCUCAUUCCUCAAUCUGACUCUUUAUGCAUUGUAUCAUCCACACGAGUUGCUCGACAACAAUGAAGCCAUUCAGAUAACAUCAUUUUUUGUCUGCGUGAUCCUCUCUGCACUCAACGCCCAGUGGUUUGGUGAAACCACAACGGAGAUCAUGUUUCAGAUGCACGAGAUUGAGAAGGAACACCACUUGGGGGAGGAGGUGGGGUUUGGAACCAACCAAGAACUCUACAAGAAGCUGAAGAAGAAGGACCCUAAAUAUCAGAAACUGAGCCAACGCUUUGUCAAGUACCAUGUCCUCUCCAUGGUGUGUAACCUGAUCUGUGUUAUCUGUAAUGGACUGAAUCUGUUCUACACUGCAGCCAAUUUGAAGACUUUCUAGAAAAUCUCUGUUACCUUCCUCUGCCUCUGCUGAAAUAUUCCUUUAGGGAUUUUGCAAUACUCUGGACAUCAUAAUCUCUGUGUGUUAUCUCCAAUUUGAUUAUUGUGUUUUAAUUAUGUCAAUCACUGUUCUUCAACAGGAAACAGCCCAGUUUCUGCAGGCUUUAUACUCUGAA